GAAAGUGAUGCACAGGAAGUUCCACCUGAACAUGAGGAAGAACUUCUUUACUGUGUGGGUGACUGAGCACAGGAACAAGUUACCCAGAGUGGAUGUGGAGUCACUCUCACUGGAAAUAUUUAAGAAGCAUCUGGACAUAGUCCUGUGUCGUGUGCUGUAGGAUGGCCCACCUUGAGCAGGCAAGUUGGACCAGAUGAGCCACUGUGGUUUCUUCCAACCUGACCCAUUCUGGGAUACUGUAAGGAGAGCGACACAGCGUAUGAAACGUGUGUGAAAGGGUGGAUUUGUAUUGGAAGAGCGUAGGGAUUGAUGUUCUUUGGGGAGAGCUGAAAGGUCUCAGUCUUGGAGGAUUGCAGCACCUGGAUAGCUGGGGAAUGGAUGUAUAAAGCACUUGGCACCUGGACUGGUGACACGUGCUGUCUCUGGGCAGUGGCCAAGUGCUAAAUCACACCACAGUCACAAAUCACACCACAAUCCCAAAUCACACCACAGUCACAAAUCACAAUCACAAAAAAUAUUCUUUCCAGGCCACUUCCGUUGUCACCAAGCCAGGUGUUGCCACCUUAGAAUGGAUGGUUGUUUUUUCCCAGCCAGCUAAAUUUCUUGUUGGGUUUGCUGUGCCUACAGGGCUGCCGGUUGCGCUCCCUACCCUGCCUCUGGAACUCACUGUCCUCUACAACUCCCUGCUUUUCACUUUGGGAGCAUCCGACUCUGCCAUCGAGGGACAAGCAGAUGGAAUACGCCAGGGGCUCCUCAGGGUUCUGGAGGCUUGUGGGGUCUGUGGACAGGAUCUCAGCACAGAGGAGCUGUGGCAAAAGGUGCUGCAGGAGGUAACAGUGGAGGAGCUGCAGGCACCUCUGCACCGACUGGGGGCCCUGCAGGCAGCCUGGUGGUUGGCAGCUGGACGCCUGGGAAGCAUUGCUGGCCUCUUCCGGCUCCUGAGCACUGCUGAGGACACAGGAAGAGGUUGCUGCAGUGAGGGGCAGAAUGAGAUCCUGUCCCUGCUGAAGACAUGGCAAGUCCCUGCUGAGGGGGCCAGCCUGCCUCUGCUACAGAGUGCUGAGGACUUGAAGGAGAUCCUCUGCACUGCAGCAGCCUUCCUGCAAGGUUUGUGUGGCAAAAGGCUGCAGGAGCUGGAGACUGGGAACUUCCCCACUGCCCUCUCCCUCCUUCAGGAAGCUGCAAGAGGAUUCUGCUCCAAGAAAGUCCUGGCUCAGAUCUACACCUGCCUCGGCUGCUGUGCCCAGCGAAUGGGCAAGCCUCAGACAGCCCUUCAGCACCUGAAACGGGCCCUCCAGGUCGACUUCCAGUGCCUCUCUGCCCUGUCCCACGCGGCAGCAGUGUACCAUGAACUGGGAGAGACUGAUACAGAGCUGCAGGCCCUGGCUCUGCUCUAUGAGGCUCUGGAAAAAAAACCUCCAGCAGCUGCUUCCUCCAGUCCCGAUACCCUAAUCCAAACAGAGCUGCUUGUCCACACACCAACACUCACUUCUCUCCUUCGCCAUUGCCACCCCUCUGAAGUGAAGUACCUGCUGGCACAGCGGUGUCUCCAGGAUGGGAGGGUGGCUGAUGCAGUGGAACAUUACCUGGAUUUUCUGGCUCUGCUUCAGGAGGGUCUCCAGCAGCAGGUGCCCCUGGAUGGUAGCUCAACUCUACCCAGGAUCCCAGAGGUUUUCCUGGAAGCAGCAUCCGCCUUGGAGCAGGCUGGGAGGCACCAGGACGCCAUAACCGUGUGCGAAGAGGUCAUCAGACGGACGACUGACCUGAUCCCACGGAUGUUACGAGUGGAGGAGAGGCUGGAGCAGCCAGAGUGCCCAUCACCAGGGGCAGGGCUGGCGGGGGAACUCCUGUCCCAGAAGAAGGAGAGUCUGUGCUGCCUUGCCUGGAGAACAGCUGGAUACCUGCACCAGGGCUGGGCAUGGGCCAAGCUGGGCAAGAGCAAGGAGGCCAUAACGCAGUUCAGCAGGUGCCUCAGCGAUCUCCUGCGAGUCCAGCUUCAUGGGCCUGGCAUUGAACCAAUAGAGAAUGUCCCGCCAGAGGUGGAGGUGCUCCAGAAAAUCAGGUUGCUCUCUCUCAUCGGGCGAGGUACGCAGUUUCUGGAGCUGGGGAGGCACAAAGAAGCCCUGCUGGAUUUCCAGCAUGGUUUGCAGAUCUCUCCAGGUGACCCAGCUGCUGCCUCCUACCUGGUGCAGGCCUUGUGGAAACUGGACCGAAAGCAGGAGGCAGCUGCUCAGUGGCAGAAAUUGUCCCAGAGCUCCCCAGGGGAGCAGGAAGGGAAGGGAAGGUGUGUAGAGAGAAGGGUGGGAUUUCACCUCCAGCAGCACAAAUGGCCCCUCCCUUUGUACCUGGUUUCGUGUCUGGAGCAGGCCAUGUUCCCACACAGUGAAACUCUUGCCAGCACUGUACAGGAUUACCUCGGGACAGCAGCCCAGGACACCUCAAGCUGACCUGGUCAGUCUCUGGGCUGGCACGAGGCCUUUAAUCACUCUUUCAAGACUCAGAAUUACUCUUGGAUAAAACUUGAUUCCCAAAGGACUGAAACAGAUC